AUGUCAUCCUCAUCCCGAGUACCAAUGCGGAAACCGCCCGCUUCCUCCUCUUCAUCCCGCGGCAAGCCUCAGAUACCUAUCCGAAAGGGACAGAGGGUAGGAACCAAUGCAAAGGGGACUGAAGAUGGGUAUUUGUACGUUGCUGGAGUGAGAGAUCCAAGCAAGAGAGUAACAGAGUUUAGGACUGAACAAGAUGUAUGUCCAAUAUGUCAUACGGAUAGACAAUUCAAUCAGAAUCUACGACUACUAGUCUCACCAUGUUAUCAUAAGAUGUGCGAAUCAUGUAUAGAUCGAUUAUUCACUUUAGGUCCUGAACCAUGUCCUCAAUGUGGGAGGAUAUUGAGAAAAGUCAAUUUCGCACAUCAGACGUUUGAAGAUCUGAAGGUUGAGAAAGAAGUAGCGGUGAGACGUAGGAUGGCUCAGGUGUUCAACAAACGCAGGGAAGAUUUCGGGAGUGAUAAGGAGUAUGACAACUACCUAGAGGAAGUAGAAGAUCUGACAUUCAACCUUCUCAAUGACAUCGACGUGGAAAAGACCGAAAAGCGGAUAAGCGAAUUCGAAAAAUCGAAUGCGUCUUUGAUAGCUUCCAACCAGGAGAAAGCAGCUCUCGAGGCCAUGUCUCAGGCUGAGCGGGAAGAAGUGGAGAGGAGAGCGAGGGAAGAGAGGAUGAGGAUGGUGGAAGAGGCUGAGAGGGUAGAGAGGGAGGAGGAAGAGAGGGUUAAAAAGGAGGUUACCGAGGCUUUGGCAAAAGGAGAUUCAAGACUAGCAAGAGAACUGGAAAUCCAAUCCCGUACAGCCAAACAACUCCGUCAAGAAGCUUUAUUCAAAUUCAUCCCUCCAUCUUUACUCUUACAACAAUCGACCCAGGAUGAGAUCCAACAUUUAUCACCUCUUUCACCAAAUUAUAAUGGACCUUUCGUUCCGAUACCGUACUCGAACCCUGAUACAGCUCAGUAUAAUCAGUGGUACGAAUUGAAGGUCGAUGGGGAAUAUGCGGAUGGUAGAUCGGGUGUGAUAUUUGCGAAGACCGAUGAGCGAGUCAGAGGAGGUGGAUGGGAUCUGGGAUUGUUCUGGGAGAUGGAAAUUAGAGCGGCGGUAGAGGCCGUAGGGGUUGAACCGCUGGUAUGA